AUGGCAUUGGCAAAAUCUCCUGGCGGGAAUGAUGAGCUUCAGGUUGAGGCUGAUAACGGUCAUAUUCACCUUCCCUCGGAACGACCAAUAACUCCACCGAGCCCCUUAUCGACCGUCCCGUUUCGUCGCGACCCAGACUUUGUCGAUUGUGGAUCACAACUCGAUCUGAUUUAUGAGAAAGGCUCCGUGCCGGGGUCGAGAGUAGCGCUUGUCGGCCUAGGCGGAGUCGGAAAAUCGCAGCUUGCUAUCGAAUUCACCUACCGCAUACGAGAUCGAUCACCCGAGACGUGGGUAUUCUGGAUCCAUGCGAGCAAUGCAGCCCGUUUCGAGCAGAGUUGUCGGGAUAUUGCAGACAGAGUCAAGAUCCCUGGGAGGCAGGACCCGAAGGCGGAUAUUUUCAAACUUCUUCAUGACUGGCUACACGACGACAGAAAGGGGAAGUGGGUCCUGGUUCUCGACAAUGUAGAUGAUGAUCAAUUUCUCCAUGAAAUACCACAAGCAAAGCUGGACGGCCGCGAGAGUGAUCCGAGCGGUUCGCCAGGACGAUCAAUCUGGUCUUAUUUCUCUGGGAGCUUGAAAGGUUCAAUCGUUAUAACAAGUCGAAGCUCACAGAUGGCAUCCCGGAUGGUGGAAGAUAGCAACAUCAUUAAAAUUGAACCGAUGGAUAAAUCCCAUGCCAUAACACUCUUUGAAAAGAAGUGUGGAGUGCAAGUUUACAGGGAAGACGUUAUUCAGCUCAUUACUGCCCUGGAGUUCAUGCCACUCGCGAUUAUGCAAGCGGCAGCUUAUAUCAAGCAGAGGGCGCCACGCCUGUCAGUCCUACAGUAUCUUCAAAUAUUUCAGAGGAGCGACUGCCAGAAGAUCAAACUUCUUGAUUAUGAAGGGUGGCAUCUCCGCAGAGACUCGGAAGCCAAAAACUCCAUCCUUGUCACGUGGCAAAUAUCAUUUGAUCAUUUAAGGGAAAAGCGGCCGUCAGCGGCGGAUUUGUUAUCUCUCAUGAGCUUUUUUGAUAGACAGGGGAUUCCUGAUAUUGUGCUUCGUGAGAAUAAUGAGACGAGGUACGACAUCAUGUUUGAAGACGACAUAUUGGUGUUGAGAGACUACUCGAUGAUAUCCAUCAGUGCAGAUGGAAGAAAUUUUGAGAUGCAUCGGCUUGUUCAACUGGCCAUACAGGAGUGGCUGAAAGCCCACGGGCAGCUCGAAAGAUGGAAGGAGCGGUUUAUCCGAAGCCUUUGGAGCAACUUUCCGGCGGGAAGAUUUGAAAACUGGGCAAGGUGCCAAUCGUUAUUUGCUCACGUCCAAUACGCAACUGCACAACGCCCGGAUGCAGAAGCCUCUUUAGAAGAGUGGGCUUCAUUGCUUCACGAAGCAGCAUCGUUUGCAUGGACACGAGGAAAUUUAAUCGAUAGCAAAAGGAUGGCAGAGGAAGCAACAAGGACAAGGAAGAAAUUAUUUGGUUUGGAGAACGAGAAGACUCUCAGUAGUACUCAGAUACUUGGACUAGCAUACAGCCUUGAGGGCCAAUGGAAGAAAGCGGAAGAGCUACUGGUGCAAGUUAUGGAGACUCGCAAGCAGGUGCUAGGGCCAGAUCAUCCCGACACUUUCACCAGCAUAAACAAUCUUGCAUCUCUAUACAGGAAGCAAGGACGAUGGAGAGAAGCAGAACAGCUACUGGUACAGGCAGUAGAGACGAGCAACAUACAAGGACAAUGGGGAGAAGCAGAGCAUCUACUGGUGCAGGUAAUAGAGACUCGCAAGCAGAUGCUAGGGCCAGAACAUCCCGACACUCUGGCCAGCAUGAACAGCCUCGCAUCUAUAUAUAUGAAUCAAGGACAAUGGGAGAAAGCGGAAGACCUACAGGUGCAGGUAAUAGAAACUCGCAAGCAGGUGCUAGGGCCAAAGCAUCCUGACAUAUUAACUAGCAUAAAUACCCUCGCAUCUCUGUACAAGAACCAAGGACGAUGGAAAGAAGCAAAAGAUCUACUGGUGCAGGUGAUGGGAACUAGCAAGCAGGUGCUAGAGCCAACGCAUCCCGACUUUAAUCGCAUCAGUUGA